AUGUGUGUGUCAAACGGCAGCUCGAGGGCAGAACAGGCGCUGGCGAGCCAGCAGAUCAGUCUGCCACAACCACAAUCGAGCCGACUAUUCCUCGAUCCCGCCUUGCUACAAGCUCAAGUGUCUAUACCACCAACAACAGUAGCCACUGCCGUCACCGAUCAGCGCGUGUCACACAAGUUUUGUAUCGUCACGACUCAGUCCAUUAUGGCGCCGUCAAAACUGAAGCGAGCCAACUCGCAGAUCCGUGGCUCAGGUCACAGCCUGCAGGGCUCUCGCCCUGGCCGCGAGUCUGUGCAUCAGCGCCGCCGCGGCUCCUUCCAUGCCAAGCAGCAAGCCGUCUACGAUCUCAUCCUCUUGCAGAACGUCGAUGAGCAAGCCGUCAUCGACAACAUCAAAGAGCUCUACGACGAUGACAUCAUCUACUCAUACAUUGGCAACGUCGUGAUCGCCGUCAACCCGUUCAAGUCCCUCAACAUUUACGACGACAAAACCAUUGAGGAGUAUCGCGGCCGCAGCGCCUUUGACCCUAAACUCAAACCCCACAUCUUCUCCCUUGCUGACAACGCCUUCAAUGACAUGAAGUAUCGUGGUCGGGAUCAGGUCGUGAUCAUCUCCGGCGAAUCAGGGGCCGGCAAGACAGAGAGCAGCAAAAAAAUCAUGCAAUACAUUGCUGCCGUGUCUGGUAGCAGCGACAAAGUGAAUGCGGUCAAAAACAAGUUGCUCAACACCAACCCAGUCCUGGAGGCCUUUGGCAAUGCCAAAACCAAUCGCAACGACAACUCGUCUCGUUUUGGCAAGUACAUGGACAUCCAGUUCAGCUUCAGUGGUGAUCCGUCGGGUGGUGUCAUCACCACCUACCUGCUCGAGAAGGCCCGCGUGGUGCGUCAAGGCGAGGGUGAAAGAAACUUUCACAUCUUCUACCAGCUCCUCGCCAGCGGCAAGGGCAAGCAGCUGGGCCUGACCGGCGCCGCUAAUUCCUACCGCUAUCUCAACCAAGGACAAUCCACCUCCGUGUCUGGCAUGAACGACGCCAACUGGUUCAAGGAGGUGGAUCAGGGCUUUGACUUUAUCGGCUUCUCCGCUGAUGAAAAGGAAUCCCUCUUUGCGGCCGUUGCCGCCAUCAUUCUCCUUGGUGAAGCUGAGUUUGGUGCCCAAGGCCAAGGUGCCAAGGUUACCAAAGUCGAUCCAGCCUUGCUCAAGCUGCUGGGUUGUACCGAUGAUCAAUUUAAUCGUGCACUCACCCACAACACUGUCAUCGUCAACAACCAGCAAGUGGUUUCUGAUCUGUCACCGACCCAGGCGGGCGAUGCUCGCGACGCCAUGGCGAAGGCACUCUACGAUCGCCUCUUCAAGUGGGUCUAUGAGCGCAUCAACAAGGCCAUUGCCGCUCCGCAGAAUGCCAUCAAGGCUGUCAUUGGCCUGGACAUUUACGGGUUUGAAAUCUUCAAGUCCAACAGCUUUGAACAGUUUUGCAUCAAUUACUGCAACGAGAAGCUGCAACAACUCUUCAUUGAGCUGGUUAUCAAGACAGAGCAAGAUGAGUACCUGGCCGAGGGCAUCGAGUGGACGCCCAUCGAUUACUUCAACAACAAAAUCAUCUGUGAUCUCAUCGAGGGCCGACCCAAGGGCAUUGUGGCUCUGCUGGACGAGGAGUCUAUUCGUCCCGGCGACAAAUCGGAUGACGUGUGGCUCGAGAAGCUCUCAUCCGCCUUUGGGGCACACGAGCACUUCAAGGCGCGCACAGGUCCAGGCGACAAGUCCGUGCCUGAGCGCAGCUUUAUGCUGGUUCACUACGCAGGCACCGUGUCGUAUACCGUGACGGGCUUCCUUGAGAAGAACACCGACACUCUGUUCAAGGACAUUAGCCGCCUCAUGUUUGAGAGCACCAACCCCGUGAUCAAGGCCUGCUUCCCAGAGGGCGAUGAAAAGACUUGGGCUGGCGCUUCCAAGCGACCCCCCACUGCGGGCAAGAGCUUUGUGGACUCGAUGAAGAAAAUGAUUGAGCUUCUCAACACCAAGAUUCCUAGCUACGUGCGCUGCAUCAAGCCCAACCACCAAAAGGCGCCCAAAAUGAUGGAUGACGAGCUUCUGAAGCACCAGGUCCAGUACCUUGGUUUGACUGAGAACGUGCGCGUCCGCCGCGCGGGCUUUUGUUUCCGCGAAGCCAAGGAGGCUUUCUUCACGCGCUACAAGCUGCUGUCCGAUGCAACUUACACGGGCUGGAAGGGCUCCGUGGACGAUGUUCACGCACCCUGGGUUCAUCACUGGUUUCAAAUCCUGGAUCGCGUGGUUGGUCCCUCAACAUCCUUACGCGCUGCCAUGGCCAAGACCAUGCUGGAUCAGAGUAUAUCCAUGCCCGUCAUUCUUUUUGGAAUGCUGGUCUACACUGGGUUCAUGGGCGGCCUUGAUCUUGAGGCGGCCAUUGCCCGUGCCCGCGAGAACCACGUUGCAGUCAUGACAGGUGAGGAUCUCAGCUUGUGGUGUUGGCAUGGCACGGAGCGAGAUCAGGGUUUUGUGCGUAACAACGCAGCGCAAUGCUCGGUUUACCUUUAG